AUGCCUCGGCUCCCCAGCCGAGCGGGGCUGCUCCUUGGCGUGGUGCUGCUGACGGCGCUGCUGGCCGCCGGGCGCGGGCUGCCCCUGAGGAAGCCGCGGGGCCUCGGACCCCGGCCCAGGAGCUCCGCGAGGCUGGCGGAGCUCUCUGCCUCACCAGAUCCCCAGCCUCCCAAGGACCAGGAGGAGAUCCCGUUGCUCCCCCGAGCCCGCUUCCAAGCAGGGUCUCACCAGCACCAGAGACGCCAGACCCUCCCCAAAUCAGCCUCCCUAACCCCAGACGAGGCCACCUCUCCUGGGCCACUGGAAGACACCCCUUUGCUGCUGGAGCUGCAGAAGCUGCCAGGCCUGGCCAACACGGACUUGAGUGCCCCGAACCCCAACAUCCAGGUGACCAUCGAGGUGGUGGAGGACCCGCAGGCCGAGGUGGAGAUGGACUUGCUGGCAGAGCCCAGCAACCGUUGGCCCCAGGGCACCCCCAGCUGGUUGCCCGCCAAGGAACUCUUCUGGCCCCUCUUCUGGGGCUACCUGGAGGGCGAGGAGGGGGGCACCCAUCUUGAAGGUCGAGCCCCAGAGGAGGAGGAAGGAGUGGAGGAGAAUCACCCUGAAGAGUACAGCGAGGGUGAGGACCAGGACACCGAUGAGGAAGAGGAGGAGGAGGACGAGGAGGAGCCUGGGUUCAGUGGGGCUGCGGGCAGCUGGGACCAGGGCUGGCUGGCCCCCGGAGACUGGGCCUUCAAGGAGACAGAUAGCCAUGACUUUGAGCCUCAAGAGGAGUGGAGCCCCUGGUCUCCUUGCACUGGGAGCUGCGGCAGUGGCAGCCAGCGGAGGACGCGGCCCUGUGGCUAUGCCUGCACUGCUACCGAGUCCCGGGCCUGCGACCUGCUUCCCUGUCCUGGUGCUGAGGAUGAGGACACAUUGGGCUUUCCCAGUGAGGGGUGGCAGCCCCUGGUCCACAAUGCUACGGACGUGCUUAGCCCAGAUGUGGACAGUUGCGAGAAGUGGCUGAACUGCAAGAGUGACUUCCUAGCCAAGUAUCUGAGCCUGGUGCUGCGGGACCUGCCCAGCUGUCCAUGUGCAUACCCACUGGAGGCCGUGUCCAGCGCAGUGAGCCUGCAGGACGAGCACCAGGGCCGCAGCUUCCGGUGGAGGGAUGCCAGUGGGCCGCGCGAGCGCCUGGACGUGUACCAGCCCAUGGCACGCUUCUGCCUGCGCUCCCUGUUGUCGGGGGAGAGCAGCACGCUGGCCGCCCAGCACUGCUGCUAUGACAAGGGCAGCCGGCUGCUGACCCGCGGCAAGGGCGCCGGCACCCCCGACCUCGUCAGCACCGACUUCUCCCCUGAGCUGCACUUCAAGGUGGACACGCUGCCCUGGAUCCUGUGUAAGGGGGAUUGGAGCCGCUACCAUGCCGUGCGGCCCCCCAACAACGGCCGGGCCUGUGCUGACAACCCCCCUGAAGAGGAGUACCUGGCUCAGUUGCAGGAGGCCAAGGAGUACUAA